CACAAACGGACUAUGCAAACUCUGUACUCCCUCCUGGCAGCUUGGUCACCUGUUCUUAAGGCCAGCUCCAAUACAGUGCAGCUGAGGACUGGAAGAAAGCAGAUGUCACUGCUGUUUUCGAGAAGAGCACAAAGAAAGAUCAGAGGAACUACAGGUUCAUCAGCCUCAUCUUGAUGUCUAGAAAGGCAACUCCUCACCUUUGCUGUCCCAACCAAUUCCACAUGAAAAGCCUACAUCCAUGCACUGCAGCCCUCCAGCGUGGGAGCUACAAGCAUACACCUCCUGGAGGCAAGAAGAUCAUCUCUCUUGUUCCAGCUUCCACAAGAGGCCCAGCUCAGUAUCUGGUCACACAUUGUAUUAUCAAAGCUAUAAUUACUCAAAAAUCCCCUUACACUGCUCUUUUCCACUUACCACGAAUUUGCUAAGAAGACCACAGCGCAGAAGUGGAAAGAACCUGAAAUGUGCCAUGGGGUGUGGAAUGUUACCUCUGGAAGAAGCUAGCUUUGUAGUACAGGAGCAGUAUCCUAGAUCACGCAGUGUUCAGUUGGCCAUUGCCCUCCAUUAUGAAGAAGGAGCAGAGAUGGCAGUCAUUCUUCAAGAAGAGGCGUGCUCUGUCACAGCGAUAAAGAUCAUGUGCCUUACUGGGACUCUACAGAAAUGCAUUUCCCAAUCUAUGUUCUGGAGCUGGAUGUUACCACCGGCCCUGCAGUGGAGCAGGUGGAGUUUGAAUUGCUGCAUGUGCUCACAGCACUGGUUGGUCCUAUCUCACAUCUUCCUGCUCUUGGACCCCACGGCAUGGUUGACAGCACUCAAGAGAGAUGCCCUGAUCCAAUCAAAUGUUCACAUCUGGGUUUACUUCUCCCUUGCUUCUCUGAUCACUAAGAAGUCUUGGUCCCAUCUUGGGUGUCAUGUCAUGAUUUGGUGA